GGGGAGGGGCGGACGAUGCAGCGACACGCCUGCGCACUGGGGGAGGUGGCGGUGGCCGGCUGGCGCGUGCGCGCCAGGGCGGUUUGGGCUGCAGAGUGGCUGCCGCACAGUAAAGGGAAGGGCGGCGCACUGUGGCGGGCGGCGGCGGUGGCCGUUUCCUCCGUUGGGUCUUGGUGGCUGAGGCCGUCGGAGCCGGGCUCACCCAGCGCUGAGGCGGCGGCGCGGCCAUGGCGUCUUUCGUGGAGAGUUUCUGGAUGUACAGCCCUCAUUGUCCUUCCUCAUUUGUAUGGAGACAAAGGGGAAAGGAACAAUGGCUUUGAUGUCCUCUAUCAUAACAUGAAACAUGGACAUCUAUCGACAAAAGAUCUAGCAGAUUUUAUAAGAGAAAGGGCUACAAUAGAGGAGGUAUAUUCAAGAUCAAUGACAAAGCUAGCCAAAUCAGCAAGCAAUUAUACACAGCUUGGGCUAAAAUCAAGCAUGAGGUUUCAGCCAAACAGGACAUAUGCUCCAGUUUGGGAUGUUUUCAAAAUAUCAACAGAAAAAGUAGCAAGCUGUCACUUGGAGCUUGUACGGAAAUUACAAGAGCUAAUAAAAGAAGUGCAGAAGUAUGGAGAUGAACAAAUCAAAGCUCAUAAAAAGACUAAAGAAGAAGUUUCAGGAACUUUGGAAGCAGUACAAAACAUUCAGAGUAUCAUUCAGGCCCUACAGAAAUCAAAAGAGAACUAUAAUACUAAGUGUGUGGAACAAGAACGUUUGAAAAAGGAAGGAGCAACACAAAGAGAAAUUGACAAGGCUGCAAUAAAAUCAAAGAAAGCUACAGAUACCUAUAAACUGUAUGUAGAAAAGUAUGCUGCAGCUAAAUCUGACUUUGAAAAGAAAAUGACAGAAACUGCACAGAAAUUUCAAGACAUUGAAGAAAUGCAUCUCCUUCACAUGAAAGAGAUUGUAGUAUCAUUGUCAAAUACUGUAAAAGAAAUUCAUUUACAAAUAGGCCAGGUUCAUGAAGAAUUUAUUAAUAACAUGGCAAAUACUACAGUUGAAAGUUUGAUACAAAAAUUUGCAGAGUCAAAAGGCACUGGCAAGGAGAGACCUGGCCUUAUCGAAUUUGAAGAAUGCAACACAGCUAGUGCAGUUGAAGGGAUCAAACCAAGGAAAAGAAAGGCAUUUGGUUUAUCAGGAAUAAUUAAGAAAGAAAAAGAUGCAGAAUCUGUGGAAUGUCCAGAUGCAGAUUCAGUUAACAUUCCUGAUGUAGAUGAUGAAGGAUACAGUAUUAAACCAGAAGCAAGCCAGAAUAUCAAAGAGAACCAUUUCUACUCAUCCAGUGAUUCUGACUCUGAAGAUGAUGAACCGAGGAGAUUCCAUGUAGAAAUCAAACCUGUACAGCCAAAUAAUAGCUCUCACUACACUAUGGCUUCAUUGGAUGAAUUAAAAGUAUCUAUAGGGAACAUCACUCUUUCUCCAGCAAUAUCUAGACACAGUCCUGCUCAAAUGAACAGGAAUUCACCUAGUGAAGAGUUAACAAAAUCAAAGCAUUCUGCUCCACCUAAUGAGAAGGGGAACAAUGACCUCCUGGCAUGGGAUCUACCCUUUGCCACUUCUCUUGAUUCAUCUUCUUCAGCUUCAUUGACAUCCAUAUCCUCAUCCUCAUUAGCACAAUCUGUUCCUAUACAAAAAAGUUCUCUUUGUUCCUCUUGCAUCCUGUCUAAAGAUUGCACAGCAAAUACCACCGGUACCUCAGCCAGGCCCACAACUCCUCUUUCUGUAGGCACUAUUGUACCACCUCCAAGGCCUGCUUCCAGACCAAAGAUAUCAACAGGGAAACUUAGUGGAAUUAAUGAAAUACCGAGGCCAUUCAGCCCACCCUUGACCUCUAACUCCAGUCCACCACCUAUAGCUCCUUUGGCACGUGCAGAGAGUAUCUCAUCAAUAUCAUCUUCUGCUUCUCUAAGUGCAGCAAAUACACCCACAGUAGGUGUUUCACGUGGUCCCAGCCCUGUCACCCUUGGAAACCAGGACACCCUGCCUGUUGCAGUAGCCUUUACUGAAUCUGUUAACGCCUACUUUAAAGGAGCAGAUCCUACGAAAUGUAUUGUGAAGAUCACUGGUGAUAUGACAGUGUCAUUCCCAAGUGGGAUUAUUAAAGUCUUCACCAGCAACCCAUCUCCAGCUGUACUCUGCUUCAGGGUAAAAAACACAAGCAAACUAGAGCAGAUUCUUCCAAAUGCACAACUUAUAUACAGUGAUCAAUCACAAAGUGACUCCAGUACAAAAGAUUUUUGGAUGAACAUGCAAGCUGUCACCGUCUACCUCAAGAAGUUAUCAGAGCAGAAUCCAUCUGCUUCCUAUUAUAACGUUGAUGUUUUAAAAUAUCAGGUAUCUUCAAAUGGUAUCCAGUCCACUCCCUUGAAUCUUGCAACUUACUGGAAAUGUAAUGCUAGCACUACUGAUGUAAGAGUGGAUUACAAAUACAACCCAGAAUCUAUGACUGUGCCGAGUAUGCUGUCUAACAUCCAGGUUGUCGUACCGGUAGAUGGAGGAGUAACAAACAUGCAGUCACUUCCCCCUGCAAAAUGGAAUGCAGAACAGAUGAAAGCUUUUUGGAAAAUAUCUGGUAUUUCAGAAAAAUCAGAGAAUGGAGGUUCUGGAUCUCUGAGGGCAAAAUUUGAUCUUUUAGAAGGACCCAGUAAACCAGCUACACUUGCAGUGCAAUUCAUUAGUGAAGGAAGCAUCCUUUCAGGUGUAGAUGUAGAGCUAGUAGGCACUGGCUAUCGGCUUUCCCUAGUUAAGAAGAGAUUUGCCACUGGACGAUAUAUGGCAGAUUGCUGAUGAGCCUGUGGAAAUCAUUGGAUCAAAGGAGCACAAGAAGCUCACUCUAUUUUCUCUACCUUUCAAACACUAUUUUAACCUGCAUUAAUUUUUUUUUAAACUUUGACCUGUUUGGGGGCUCACUACAAAAUAAAAAAAUGCACUUUUUUAAAGAAGUCAUUUUGGGGAAAAAAUGUUAUUACUUUAUAAUAGCACUGAAGUGAACUUCAACACUGUUUUGUAAAUGAUCAACUGCAAUUGUUAGGAAACUUGUUUAUUCAGAUUUUAGUAAAUUUAUAUAAACUAAGUCAAAAUACUAAUCAUUAACUAUAUUGAAAAUGUAUGAAACUAUAUUAUACUGUAAACAUUAAACUUAAAAAAACUAGGAGAGCAAGCACGAAAUAUAUUAGCUUUGCAUAAAUAAUAUUCAAAUGUAAGUUUUCAGUUUCCUUAAUUGCCAUUGUGCAAAGCAAACAGAGGCAAAGAUAAUCUCUCCACCCGCUUGCAUUUCAUUCAUGUGCUAUAAAAUCAGUUGUUAGAAAGAGAUGCAUACAAAAAGUAUGUGAUUCCCAUGUACCAUAUAUUAAAGUGUAAAUUGUUUUAUAUAUAAGAUUUAAUUUUUUUUCUAAGUGCAAUGUGUUAAAAAUUGCAAAAGACAGCAGAGAUACUUACUUCUGCUGUUUAGUAAAUUUUAUGGGAGUUAUGAUCGUUUGAAUUGAUACUGUAGACUUAAUUUAUUUUUAUAUGGAUAACAUAACAUUUGUGCCUUUUUUUAAAACUGUGCCUGUCCGAUUUGUUGUUGAUGUGCCUCACUUCCUUUUUCAGUCUAGCUCUUCCAUAGCGUGGUGUUUAUGUGUAGUGCAUAGAACCUUCAUAAAAUUCCUUUGAGUAGAAUUUAGAAGGUAUAUUUACAAUAACUGGAGGUUGCUUUGUAAAAUGUUUAAAAUACUGGAUUACUUCAUUAUGGGGUAAUUGCAAUAAAUGCAGCCAUUGUAGAGGGAAAUGCAUAGCGCAAAACUUUAAUAUAAUCACAGAAAAACUCAGUGUCAAAGUUUCAACUUUAAUCUCACCAAAGAUGUGUGAAUUCUGAAGAUGCAUAAAGAAUGAUAAAAACAGGAUAAUUUUUAAAACAAAUGUAGCAUUUCCCUUCACUCUGACUACUAAGUUGUUGAAGAUUCAAGUGCUUUAUGGACUUGACAUGAAUGUAAACGUGCUUUGUGAGGAAUAGCAUUUUAGAAAGGUAUAUUUUUGGCAGCAGCAACAAAAUUGCUGCCAUUUGCAUUAUUAAUGUAAGCUUCACUGAAAAACUACCAAUUUGUAUGUUUGUAUUGUCACCUAAUCUAUUUGCCAUAUGCAAAAUAUAGGGAAGUGAUCUGAAGUGACACAUCGGUAGCAUUUCUUAAAACCGGUUAGUAACUUCAAAAAUCUGUCAUGUAUUGUGCUAUUGUUAAACAAGUCCUUAUUAAGUGCAGAAAUCAAAUGUUUUUGGGCAGAAUAAUUUAAUAACCUGCAAAUGGGAAUUGUAUAUUAUAAUUCUGAAUACCAGUGUCUAUUCAGAUUAUAUACUGGAAGCAAUAAUACAUUGUUUUGUUUGUGUAAUAAUUCAUGUAAAACCACUAACAAAUUGGACUGCUAAGCUUUACACAGAUGAAUUUUCAGGACCCUUAGACACUUAUGUAAGUUCUGAUUCAUGUUACACAUUACAGACAAAAGAGUCCAUUGUUAAACAAUAUACACUACAGUAUGUGCUUUUUAUAUGUAUUCCUUGUUAUAACAAACCUGAAUUAAAUUUGACUGGAGCAGUACAUAUGGCUCUUAAUUUGCUAAAAUAUUACUCUUUACUGAAUGAUGAACAUAACUAGAAUAUCUAAUUCUUAUUGUAAUUGGCAUUUAAAAUGGUACAGUCUUUUACUGGAAUCUUAAUUGUAAUCUGCUUUGCAAUCAAACAGUGUGUUUAACCUGACAGUUAUUUUAUUAUUGAAAUCCAAGAAUUAUUUUACUCUCCAUUUUUAAUCAAGUACUACUUAAAUUUCUAAAUUUAUGAAGUAGUUAAGUUUCAACAAUUUUAAACUAGCAUUCAUACCAGGUGAUAAAACAUACAUUUGUAAUGGGUACACAUUACAAUUUUGAAGCCAUACAAAUUUAUAUAGACUUUUUGUAGAGAAAUCCAUAAACAGUGUAAAAAAAUUAGAUAUUUGAUGAGAAAUGUAUGUAGCAAGCUGGUUCUUGCUUGUGUAUACAGUGAUAACCUUUGUAGCUGCCUCCUAUUGAGAAAAUGAAUUUUAAACAGUCCUAAAGGAUCUGAGGUUUGUAUGGAUUAUUAAUACUUUGGAGUGUAAAUUAGAACAAUACAAAUUUAUCUUACAAAAAUUUGUAAAUACUUCUGAUUUUUCAUAAAAUGUAAAUUUUCAAAAAAAAAUUGCACCCAUAAUAAACAUGUAAUAUAUAAUUUA